AGGUAAUUUAUCGAAAAUUGUCCGAUCCAACCCAUGCCCAGCCGAGUACGAGUGGGGUGUUGCAAUUUGCAACAGCUAAUAGAUUGGGCUGGACUAGUUACAUCAUAGUAAAAGUUUUUAAAUUGGACUAAAUUUGCAAUAAUGGGCCCAUUUGAGCAAUCCCAUGAUUAAUCUUAUCUUUACGAUUAUUAUCUUGCAUUAACCGUAAUUUAAUUUAAAAAAAAAUAAAAAUUGUACCAUUAAAAUACCAAAAAAUAGGGUAUACCGAUACUAACCUCAAUUUAAGAAAGUUGACUUCGGUACAAUUAACAAAGACAAGGGGUAUUUUUGUCAAACCGCGCUAAGAAAUUUGUUCUGCUCUUCUCUCUCAUCUCUCUCUCUCUCUCUCUCUCUGUUCUGUCAAAUGUGCUUCAUUUUCUGAAGCGGUUUAAAAACAGACCGAGCAUGGAGAUAGAGCAAGCUACAAAAACCUAAAUCCAAACAAAGAACCUCAAUUGUCUUUCAUACUGACACAUAAACCAAUGAAACAAAAAAUUAAUUUAAGCAAGGAAAUGUGGUAGCCGUUUUUCGAACUAACAAAAAAUGAGGCAGAUUUCUCCCACUCUCAUCUCUUUCCAUUCUUCCCUCUCUUUCUCCUUCCCCAGUUUACCCGCCAACCCACGUCUUCAAAUUCCAGUUCGCUUCAGAUUCCAUAUCAGGUCGAUGGCUUCCCACGUAGUUGGUUACCCUCGCAUUGGGCCGAAAAGAGAGCUCAAGUUUGCAUUGGAAUCCUUCUGGGAUGGAAAGAGCAAUGCUGAAGAGCUGCACAAGGUUGCAUCUGAUUUACGGGUGUCGAUUUGGAAGCAGAUGGCAGAUGCUGGAAUCAAAUAUAUUCCGAGCAAUACAUUCUCGUAUUAUGACCAAGUGUUGGAUACCACCGCUAUGCUGGGUGCCGUUCCGUCGAGAUAUGGUUGGAGCGGAGGUGAUAUAGGAUUUGACGUUUACUUUUCGAUGGCUAGGGGUAAUGCUUCUGUUCCUGCAAUGGAAAUGACAAAGUGGUUUGAUACCAACUAUCACUACAUUGUCCCGGAAUUGGGGUUGGAGACUGAAUUUUCUUACGCAUCUCGCAAGGCUGUGCAAGAAUAUAAAGAGGCUAGAGCUCUCGGCAUCGACACAGUUCCAGUCCUCGUAGGCCCUGUUUCUUACUUGUUGUUAUCAAAACCAGCAAAGGGAGUUGGGAAAUCAUUCUCUCUUCUUUCCCUACUAGAUAAGAUUCUACCCAUCUACAUGGAAGUUGUGGCAGAACUAAAGGCAGCUGGUGCCAGCUGGAUUCAGUUUGAUGAGCCUACACUUGUCAUGGAUCUCGACUCGCACAAAUUACACGCAUUUACUCAUGCUUACAAAGAGCUCGAAUCAUCGGUUUCUGGUUUGAAUGUUCUUAUUGAAACAUAUUUUGCAGACCUUCCUGCCGAGGCAUAUAAUACGGUGACUGCUUUGAAGGGUGUCACAGCUAUUGGCUUCGAUUUAGUACGUGGAUCAAACACACUUGACCUAAUUAAAAAUGGAUAUCCUCUGGGAAAAUAUCUUUUUGCUGGAGUUGUUGACGGAAGAAACAUUUGGGCUAAUGAUCUUGAUGCUUCUUUAAGUACCUUGCAGGCUCUCGAGGGUGUGGUAGGCAAAGACAAGCUUGUGGUCUCUACUUCGUGUUCUCUACUUCACACCGUAGUUGAUUUGGUAAAUGAAACGAAGUUGGAUGAAGAACUGAAGUCAUGGCUUGCGUUUGCUGCACAGAAGUUACUUGAAGUCAAUGGAUUGGCGAAGGCACUAUCUGGUCAAAAGGAUGAGGCAUUCUACUCUGCUAAUGCAGCAGCUCAUGCUUCAAGAAGAUCAUCUCCUAGAGUUACCGAUGAGGAUGUUCAGAUUGCUACUGCUGCUUUAAAGGGUUCUGACCAUCGGAGAGCUACAAAUGUAAGUGCCAGGUUGGAAUCCCAGCAUGAAAAGCUAAACCUACCUAUUAUCCCAACUACUACUAUUGGAUCUUUCCCUCAAACUUUGGAGCUUAGGAAAAUCCGCCGUGAAUACAAGGCUAGUAAGAUAUCCGAGGAAGACUAUGUCAAAGCCAUUAAGGAGGAAAUAGCAGCAGUAGUGAAACUUCAAGAAGAGCUUGGCAUUGAUGUCCUCGUUCAUGGGGAACCAGAGAGAAACGAUAUGGUGGAAUACUUUGGGGAGCAGCUAUCUGGUUUUGCCUUCACUGUGAAUGGAUGGGUUCAAUCUUAUGGAUCGAGGUGCGUUAAGCCACCUAUUAUCUACGGUGAUGUCAGUCGCCCUAAAUCAAUGACUGUCUUUUGGUCUAAGUUGGCUCAGAGCAUGACUCAGCGCCCGAUGAAGGGAAUGCUUACAGGCCCUGUUACCAUACUGAAUUGGUCUUUUGUUAGAAACGACCAGCCCAGAAACGAGACUUGCUAUCAGAUUGCUCUAGCAAUCAAGAAUGAGGUUGAAGAUUUGGAGAAAGCUGGAAUAGGAGUUAUUCAAAUUGACGAAGCUGCCUUAAGAGAGGGUUUGCCACUUAGAAAAUCCGAGCAGCAAUUUUACUUGGACUGGGCUGUACACUCCUUCAGGAUAACUAAUUCUGCAGUUCAAGACAGCACCCAGAUCCACACCCAUAUGUGCUACUCAAACUUCAACGACAUCAUCGACUCGAUCAUAGAAAUGGAUGCUGAUGUCAUCACCAUCGAGAACUCCAGGUCAAACGAGAAGCUUCUUUCGGUUUUCCGCGAGGGAGGAGUGAAGUACGCUGCUGGCAUGGGCCCCGGGGUGUACGAUAUACAUUCACCAAGAAUACCAUCAACCGAAGAAAUUGUUGACCGGGUCAACAAGAUGCUGACAGUUCUUGAUAGCAAGUUCCUGUGGGUCAACCCUGACUGUGGACUCAAAACUCGCAAGUAUUCUGAAGUGAAGCCUGCGCUGAGCAAUAUGGUUGCUGCUGCUAAGCUGGCCCGAAAUAAUUUGGCUGCAAAUAAGUACAAACUUUUAAUCCUCUGCAGAAAAAGGUACAACACAAGGUAAUCAUGUUUCAAGAAGACCAAACAACCUCCAUAACCUUAA